AUGUGCGCUGGUGGCGUGACAGCCCCCACGAGUUCUGCACGAUGCGCGGCACACACCCGCGGUGCUGCGGUGUACGUUCUGCUUGUUGUCGCCACCCUUGUGACGAGUGUGAGUGCGCAGGAGCCGCAGACUGUGAAGCUACUUGACAUGCUCUUCACGAAGGACCCCCUUGCGAUUAAUACCGUCAUGGCGUACAAGGCUGGGCUGCAGGCUGCGCUGUGGUCGCGCAACAACACUGUUGGCGGCGGGCUGAAGCUGGAGCUCAUCGCGGCGCAACCAGACGCCACGGCGACGGACGUGCCCGCGGCGAUCAGCAGUGCGGUUGGGACGUACUCCGACCUCCUCGCUGUUCUUGGCCCAGUGGGCGACCAGACGCUGAUGUACGCCCGGCCAGCGUUGCAGCAGCAUCAGCUGGUGGCUGUGGACCCCGUCACCGGCUCAACGCGGGUGCGCUACUGGGACCCGAACUUCUACUUUCUCCGCACGGACCCCAUUCUGGCCUGUACGCUCAUGUGUGGUAUGCCACGACGUACCUGCGCGUGCUCCGGCUGGGCUUCAUGUACCUGA